AUGGAACAUAUGAUAACCAAGGGAAUUCUUGUUGGCGUGGGAAGUUCCGGCAAGGUGCACAUGGCAUUCUCCAAUGGCCGCCUACUAGCUCUGAAAUCUUCGUGUUCUUCUUCUUAUUCUUCACUUCAAAAGGAGGAAGAGAUUCUUCAUAGCCUUGGACACUGCCCAGAUAUUGUUGACUGCUUUGGAGGUUACUCAACCCAGGAAGGCAAUGGGGUUUUGGUCUAUAAUUUAGUUCUUGAGUAUGCACCCGUAGGAAGUCUUGAAAGUUUGAUGAUACGGAGGAAGAGCGGAUUGCUGGAGAGUGAAGUUCAGCGUUUUACGAGAAUGAUUGUUAGGGGUCUCCGUGAUGUCCACAAGGAAGGCUUCGUCCACUGUGACCUGAAGGUCGAUAACAUACUCGUGUUUCAUUCUGAAAAUGGCGGGCAUAAAGUUAAGAUCGCUGAUUUUGGACACGCUAAGAGGUCUGGAAGGGAGGAGUUCAGUGGGGCGCUGGGCUCCCAGCAUACUUCAGAUGACACCCCGCCGGAAUGUAGUGGAAACGGAGAAAACGAGGCACCUAAGGAUAUAUGGUCUCUUGGGUGCAUGGUGGUCGAGAUGUUUACUGGGAAACCAGCUUGGAUGAAUUGCAAGGAUGUAAAUGAGUUGGCUGUCCGUAUAGUUUCUUGGAGGCAAGUGCCUAAAGUACUCGGAAAUAUAUCAGAAGACGCCAAGGAUUUUCUGAGAAGGUGUCUGGAGAAGGAUCCAACAGAGAGAUGGACGGCUGAAAGGCUGUUGAGUCAUCCCUUUAUCGCCCAAGUUCCGGCUUCAGAAGUUCCGGCAAGUCAAUAA